AUGAUAUUCGUUAAUCAAAAGAAAGCUGUCGAUGUUUUGGCUAGAGGUUUAACUAAAAAAGGUUAUAAUCCAUGUUCAUUACAUGGUGGUAAAGGUCAAGAAAGUCGUGAAUUAGCUUUAGCACAAUUAAAACAAGGUCAAAAAGAUAUUCUUGUUGCAACAGAUGUUGCUGGUCGUGGUCUUGAUAUUAAAGAUGUUUCACUUGUAAUAAAUUAUGAUAUGGCCAAGACAAUUCAAGAUUAUACACAUCGUAUUGGUCGAACAGGUCGUCAAGGAAAAGCAGGCAAAGCAAUAACAUUCUUAACCAAAGAAGAUGCAGCUGUAUUUUAUGAAUUAAAAGAAGUUAUACUUGAAUCUCCUGUAUCACAAUGUCCACAAGAAUUACUUAAUCAUCCUGAUGCACAACAUAAACCUGGAACUGUAGUUACUAAACGUAACAAAACUGCUAUUCUUUGUACUUAG